AUGCCUCCCCAGGAGAAAAGCUCGCUCAAGCGAGGACGGGCUACCGCCACUGCCGAUGCAGACUCGCAAAAGAAACCCCGGCGCUCUCAGCGAAUCUCCAGCCAAAUCGAACCGGAGACGCCCGUUGAUUUGAAUUAUCUGCCGACGCCGCAAACUGCGGCCCAAUCGACGACCCCAGAGACGCGCAAGGAAGUGACCGCAACACCUCCGAGGAGCCCUCAUGAACAUCCCUCCCAGCCUGGUCUAUCUCACAAUGCGUCCUCCCCACCUCCGGAGGAUACCCAGGCUCUUUCGCAGUUUGUGUAUCCACCCCGAGCAUUUGCAGACGAGGUCGAGGACGAGGAUGCGGAAGGGGUCUGGGGCUAUUUGCUGCCAUUGGAUGAAAAGGGCAAUGGCCCCCUCGUGCUGAGGAAGCGCGAUGGCUGCGAUAAUGCCUGUGAUCUCGACAACAAGACAAAGCCCAAGACCAAGUCUGGCAAAGAGCCACAGUCAUCCAAGAAGGCCCAGUCCCCUGGUGGCUUUUUGGUGGGCCGACAUCCGGAGUGCGACCGCGUCCUUGAGAUCCCUACGAUUUCAAACCGCCACUUCUUGAUUUUUGCCGAGAAUAAAAGAGGCGAAACAGUUGCUGUAUUGGAAGAUCUCUCCAGCAAUGGAACCUUUGUCAAUGAUGCCAUUGUCGGACGCAAUAAGCACCGAGAACUGGAGGACGGUGAUGAGGUCUCUAUCCUGAACGAGACCCGAUUUGUUUUCCGCUACCCGCGCACUCGGGAAACCCAUGGGUUCCGCCAGCAAUACCGCAUUAUACAGCCGCUUGGUAAAGGACAUUUCGCCACUGUUUACCUGUGCGUCGAGAAAUCCACUGGCGACAAAUAUGCAGUCAAAGUCUUUGAGAGACGCUUGGGGGAUUCGCAAAAGUCACAAACCGACGACGCUCUGCAGCAAGAGAUUGCGCUCUUGAAGGGAGUGAACCAUCCCAAUCUACUGUGCUUAAAGGAUACCUUUGAUGAUCACGAUGGCGCUUAUCUGAUCCUCGAACUCGCUCCGGAGGGAGAGCUCUUCAACAUGAUUGUGGAGAAAUCAAAACUGAGUGAAGAUGACGCUCGACAUGUCUUCCGCCAACUGUUUGAUGGGUUGAAGUAUCUGCAUGAACGAGGAAUCGUGCACCGUGACAUCAAGCCGGAAAACAUUUUAGUUGCUGAUCAAAAUCUCAAUGUGAAAUUGGGUGACUUUGGACUGGCUAAGAUUAUCGGAGAGGAAUCCUUUACGACCACACUAUGUGGUACACCAAGCUAUGUGGCACCCGAGAUUUUGCAAGACACACGUCGCCGGCAAUACACCAAGGCAGUAGACGUGUGGUCCCUGGGCGUUGUCCUCUAUAUUUGCCUGUGCGGGUUCCCGCCUUUCUCGGAUGAAUUGAGGACGAGAGAGAACCCCUACACCCUCGCCCAACAGAUUAAGAUGGGCAAGUUCGACUACCCGUCUCCGUACUGGGAUUCGGUUGGCGACCCAGCACUGGACCUGAUCGACCGCAUGCUUACCGUGGACGUUGAAAAACGGAUUACGGUCGACCAGUGCCUCGAGCACCCUUGGAUGACUGGUAAAUACCCCAGUGUCAAUGACAGCACGGACGGCCUCACGGGGGCGCUGGGGAACCUGGACUUCUCCAAACGCAAGAUCCAUCGGGAGCGCACUUUGCUCAGCAGUGUCAAUGACGCUCACUUUAGCCAGCACGCCGAAGGCAGUGAGGCACCGGUCAAGGUGUUCAACAAGGAAGCCGGGAAGCGUGUCCACAAUCGCCCUGCCAAGGCCCGGGAGGUUUCGCCCAGUGGCAACAGGGAGCCCAAAGACUUUAUCAACAUUGGCGAACGGGGAGAUCCCACCUUGUAUGAUGACUAG